CAGCAAAGUAUAGGCCAGUGGUAUAGGCUGGUAAUCAUGCUGCUCGCUCCAGUUGUUUCCUCGGUCAAAUUCAAGAUGGUGGACAAUCAUAAUAUUCAUUUAAAGACCACUGGAGGUGGAGUUAAUUCACUUCCCCCACCUAGAUUGGAGCAUUUUGUUAUGACAGAAAAACUAGGUCAAGGAACGUAUGCUUCUGUGUAUAAAGCUUAUAGAAAGGGACAAGCACGAGAGGUUGUAGCAAUCAAGUGUAUUUAUUUAAAGAGGCUCGGCAAAGCUGCCAUUGAAAAUCUAUUCACCGAAAUUAAGUUAUUGAAGGAAAUCAAUCAUGAUCAUGUAGUUCAACUUAAAGAUUUUGAGUGGAACAAAGAUUAUCUAUUCUUGAUUAUGGAAUACUGCAGUGGAGGUGACUUAUCCAGAUUCAUUCAAACAAGACGACAACUACCAGAAAAUAUUGCCAAACGUUUUCUUCAACAACUAGCACUUGCUCUACAAUGCCUACACAGCAGAGACAUUGCUCACAUGGACCUCAAACCUCAAAAUAUAUUGUUAUCAUCAAAAGAUAAUCCCACAUUAAAAAUCGCAGAUUUUGGUUUUGCUCAGUACCUCAAAGAUGAAAUGGACAGCUCAAAUCUUCGUGGCUCUCCUCUAUACAUGGCACCAGAAAUGUUUUGUUCGACCACCUACGAUGCAUCUGUGGACUUGUGGUCUGUGGGAGUUAUCCUUUAUGAAGCGCUCUUUGGCGUGGCUCCUUUCAGAUCCCGAACAUUCUCAGAAUUGGAGAAAAAGAUCAGAUCAACUCAGGAAAUUAGGCUUCCACAAGACUCUAAUGUCUCCCAAGCAUGCAAAGAAUUGCUUCUCUCUCUUUUACAAAGGGAUCCAAAACAGAGGAUAUCAUUUGAUGAAUUUUUUGCACACCCAUUUCUUGACUUGGAACAUGCGCCGUCAGCGUCGUGUUUGCCGCAAGCGAUUUCCCUUGUUGCUGAAGCGGUAAAACUUGACCAGGCAUUGAAUUACAAAGACGCUGUAAAGAUGUACUGCCAGGCAUUGGAUUAUUUCGUCCCAGCUUUGCAAUACGAGCAGAAUAGUUCGAAGAGGAAUUCAUUAAGAGAAAAAGUCAAUGGUUACGUAGCAAGAGCUGAAGAAAUCAAACAGCUUUUGAAACAAAGAUCCGCAUCCCAAGCCUCGCGUGAACCAAUGCAUGUUUUGAGACAAUACGCGAAAACUAAUCCACAGCUUGCAGAUGGCUUAAAACUGGCUGAAAUUGCUGAAAUUAGGGAUGAAAACGGUGUAUUUCCUGCAGCUCUGGAGCAAUAUAGGACUGCACUGGCCGUGCUCAUACCGAUAUUAAAAGAUUUACCAAGCAGCAAAGUGAAGGAUGUUCUCGGCUCUGAGGUACAAAGAUUUAUGCGCAGGGCUGAAGAGAUCAAGGCUUAUUUGAAGACAUCUGAAGAAAAAACACUAGCAAUUGGUCAAGAAGUAGACGAAAGAAUGUGCUGCAUACAAUGAUUUUAUAAACAUUGUCAUCCCAUCGGCUCCUGGCCAUGAGAAAUACUGAAGCAUCGCUAUACGAGCAUUAGGAAGACAUGCAGGCAUCGCGGUUCAAAGCAGUCGAGUCGAUAUUGAGAUUGUGAUCAGUUAAACAAUCUUAAUUUGAUUUAAUCCAAUCUCCGAUUAAAGAUCAGUCACAAAUUCACUGAAAUGAUUCAAGAUCCAGUUCGAGGUUGAUAUCAUAUGCCCUGUGGCAAAGACGAACGGCGAUAAAUCACGUUCACAGACGAACACAAAUAUUUGAUGGAAAUUGUAUAUCAAUUACUUUAACAUAAAUUUACCCUAAUCUCAGCUGACUAAUCUUCUCGUGAGAAAUCACUGCAUUAGGACUCACGAUGAAUAAGACUGCGAUAAAGAAUUGCUUAUCCAUAGAACUAAUCUAAUGUCAACAUUCAGACCCCACGAAGUUUGGUUAAAUUCGCAGAGAAGAUUAUAUCGAAAAGCCACGACGCGCUAAUGCAAAUCAUCUUAAAUAAACCAAAGGUGACCCAAUUGCUUUUUAUUAAAACACCUUUUACAAUCGCGACAGGACUUCGCCUGGUCCUGCUAUGCCAAACUUGAAAUAUUUUGUAAUCAAUCAUUUUUUUCACAAUCGACACUGACUUGAUAAUAAGCGUUUUACAGGCAUGGCGCUAUAUUUCAUUAGCAUAUUGUGCUCAACGACAAAUAUAUCGGGGAAUCGUCUAUGAUUACAACGACUUUCAAUAACAUCCAUAAAAGAGUUUUUAUCGUUUUCAGAAUACUACAUAUAUGGCAAACAUUUUUUUAGCUCUGAGAGCGG